AUAGCGACUUACUUAUUUAUCGCGGAUGGAUACGUGAUGGAUCGGACAGAAAAAUAGUUCCGGUUGAGUUUGGGAGAUCACCUUGAGCAGCUGGGUGUAAGAGAAAUACGUCAGUCUAGCAGUUGUUCAUCGAAGUAAGGACUUCUUCAAAAUCUGCCAUCAUGCCCGGUUCAAAGUCUCAAGACAUGGGCUCUGCCUUCGUCCAGACGCAGCAGCUCGGCGCUGCCAUGGCCGACACAUUCCUGGAGCACCUGUGCCUGCUGGACAUCGACUCUGAGCCCACCACCGCCCGCAACACUGGCAUCAUCUGCACUAUUGGGCCAGCCUCCCGCUCUGUGGACAUGCUGAAGGAGAUGAUCAAGUCUGGGAUGAACAUCGCUCGCAUGAACUUCUCUCAUGGAUCUCACGAGUACCACGGUGAGACCUUUAAGAAUGUGCGUGAGGCCUGUGAGAGCUUUGAGGCCGGCAGCAUCCACUACCGCCCCGUGGCCAUCGCUCUGGACACCAAGGGACCUGAGAUCAGGACUGGACUUAUCAAGGGAAGUGGCACGUCUGAGGUGGAGCUGAAGAAGGGCAACAUGAUCAAGUUGACCCUGGAUGAUGCCUAUCAGGAGAACUGUGAUGAAGACAAUCUGUGGCUGGACUACAAGAACAUCACCAGGGUGGUGGAGCUGGGCAGCAAGAUCUACAUCGACGAUGGACUCGUGUCCCUCCAGGUCAAGGAGAUCGGUGAGGACUACCUGAUGUGUGAGAUUGAGAAUGGAGGGACCCUGGGCAGUAAGAAGGGUGUGAACCUGCCUGGUGCUGCUGUGGACCUGCCUGCUGUCUCUGACAAGGACAUCUCUGACCUGACCUUCGGCGUGGAGCAAGGAGUGGACAUGGUGUUUGCCUCUUUCAUCCGUAAAGCAGCCGACGUGCACGCUGUCAGGAAGGUGCUGGGAGAGAAGGGCAAAAACAUCAAGAUCAUCAGCAAGCUGGAGAACCACGAGGGAGUUCGCAGGUUUGAUGAAAUCAUGGAAGCCAGUGAUGGCAUCAUGGUUGCCCGUGGAGACCUGGGAAUUGAGAUCCCCACAGAGAAGGUGUUCCUGGCCCAGAAGAUGAUGAUUGGCCGCUGCAACAGAGCCGGCAAGCCAAUCACCUGCGCCACACAGAUGUUAGAGAGCAUGAUCAAGAAGCCAAGGCCCACCCGCGCUGAGGGCAGUGAUGUGGCCAAUGCCGUGCUGGAUGGAGCUGACUGCAUCAUGCUGAGUGGAGAGACCGCCAAGGGAGACUACCCACUGGAGGCUGUCCGCACACAGCACAUGAUCGCUCGCGAGGCAGAAGCAGCCAUGUUCCAUCGGCAGGUGUUCGAGGACCUGCGGCGCGCCGCACCACACUCCACCGACCCUGCCGAGGCUAUCGCCAUCGGAGCCGUGGAGGCCUCCUUUAAGAUCUUGUCCUCUGCGUUCAUUGUGCUCACUAACUCUGGAAGGUCAGCCCACCUGAUCUCCAGGUACAGGCCCCGCGCCCCCAUCAUUGCUGUGACCCGUAAUGGUCAGACCGCCCGCCAGGCCCACCUGUAUCGCGGGAUCUUCCCAGUCUUCUACAACAAGCCUGCCCACGACGUCUGGGCCGAGGACGUCGACCUCAGGGUCAACUUCGCCAUGGAAAUGGGAAAGGAGCGAGGGUUCUUCAAGGAGGGAGAUGUGGUGAUCGUCCUGACUGGUUGGCGCCCAGGCUCUGGCUACACUAACACCAUGCGUGUGGUUGUGGUUCCUUGAAUUAUGACUACCCUCCUUUCCCCUUCUCACCCCUCCACUGUCUUCCCCUUGUCCUUCUGCUCACCACCCCCUGUCCCAACACCAGGGCUGACUUGUACAUCCCCACAACAGUUUAAACUCACUGAAACAAACACCUGGUGGUGGCUUGACCAAUAGGAAAUCUCCUCCCCACGACAAUCCACUCCUCUCCAGGGUUCCCCUCAUGUAGGUGUGUUCUGUGCUCCCCCUGUACCCCAAUCUCCAGGGUAUCUGUAUGCGCCCACCAGAAACGGCUGUAUUUAUUCACACAAACAAAACCAUGUAUCACUCUUACAUUCAAACCAGAGUGAAAGGUUGCAGAGCUAUCGAUCUGCGCGUCCCGGGCGCUUUGAGGGGGAGGCGGGGCACACCUGCUGUACUGUAACUUGUAAACAAAACACACACUCCCAUUCCUAUAACGCGAACAAAAUGGCGGCGACCCGAAGCGAACAGCUUUUUAUGACCCUGUCAGUUAAACUCUUCUCCCAAACAGCUCCUUGUAGUGUUGUCUGUAUUUACAUUGUGCACUGUAUACUUGCUUUCUUUACACUCUCAAUCUACUGUAGACGAUGUUACAUUCUGUUAUACUUUUGUGAAAGGUGAAUUUAAAUUCUGGGCAUCCAAUACCACAUAUUUUGUCUAACAUAGAGAAAUCCUAUAAUGUAUUGGGUGUCCAUGUUAGUUUGACUACAGUAUUUGUUUUGUGUGUUGAAGUAUUCUUAAAGCCCUCACAUUUAUUUGUAUUUUGGUCAUAUAACUAAGUUGGCACUUAUGAACCACUGUAUGUAGGCUGCUACAUGGUUCUCUCAAAUUAGUGCUGUAUGAAUUCAGUACUUUGAGGGUCUUUCAGAGGGCACUGGGGGGUGGAUAAAGGGAUGAGUUGGACAUGCCCCCCCCACAACCUCUUCAUUCCUCCUGCACCUGCUCUCUUGUUCCUGUCGGUGAUCUAGUGUGUGUCUAAAUGUCCAACUGCUUCUUUGAUUGUGAUGGUAGGGUGUAAGGUCUAACAAUGUUGACUGGUGUAAUGAGUUGUCCUUCAUGUCUGACUGGAUUUCAUUCAUUAAAAGAGACGAGCACCU